AUGUGUAUACGCAUGAGUGCCUUUGGAGCUACAUCUGAUGUCGAGGGAAUUGAUAAGACUUUGGCAAUGAUGAAAUCAGAUCCCAAUUUUGUUUGGAACUGGGAAGUUUACCAUAGUGCAGCAAGUGGGUAUGCAGAAGCUGGAUUCUUGGAUAAAGCUGUGGAGAUGCUGAAGAAAUCCGAGGAACUAAUAACGGGUAAAAAGAGCAAUAGAGCAUAUGAGUUUCUUAUCACACAAUAUGCAAAGUUUGGGAAGAAAGAUGAUGUUUUAAGACUUUGGGAACUUUACAAGAAGAACCGUAAGAUUUACAAUAAUGGCUAUAUACGUGUCAUACCUUCCUUAUUGAAAUUUGAUGAUUUUGAAACUGCCAAGAAGAUAUUUGAAGAGUGGGAAUCAGUAAAUGUAAGCUAUGAUAUUCGGAUUUUAAACUUUCUGAUUGGUGCUUACUGCAGAAAAGGGCUUUUGGUGGAGGCGGAGAAUCUUUUAGAUGGGGCAAAAUUGAAGGGGGGGAAGCCUAAUCAGAAAACGUUGCUCUAUAUGGCAAUUGGGUAUUUUCAGAAUAAUCAAACUCAAAAAGCAGUGGAAGCGAUGGAAGAAGCAUUAGUGAUUUGUAAAACUGGUUUGAAGCCCAGGAAGGAAAUUUUUUCUGCAUGUCUAAAAUACUUUAUAGGUGAAGGAAAUAUAGAGGGAGCUGAGAAAUUCAUAAAAUUACUUAGGAAUAAGGAUAUUAUCUCUGUGGAGCUCCAAGAUAGAUUGUUGAAUUAUGUCCAGAAUGGGAAAUCAAACGUGGAUGAACUUAGUGCGUUUUUUGGGACAAUGUUGUCAGUGUUUGGUUUUAAUUCACAGUGA